AUGGAGUCAAUCAACAAGGGAUAUGUGGUAGCCCCUACGUAUCUGAAAAGUGUGCAGUCCUGCCAUGAAGAGCAUCACAACUAUUGUAUUAAUGGCCUCUGCAUAUUUCAUGUGGAACUGAAGACACCCACCUGCAGGUGCCUUGCAGGUUAUAGUGGCGAAAGAUGUGAACAUUUGAUGUUAAACUCCUAUACACAGUUUUCCAGUGAACAUUACAUUGCUGUUGGGACUGCUGCUGGAAUGCUAUUAAUUGCAAUUGCUGCUGUAAUAUACUGCUACAUAAGACAAAGGUGCAGAAAGACCAAAUCUUCUUACAAAGUCUGCUAUGAGAAGACAGCAGUGUGA